CUGUACUCUUUGCUUUGUAUAGUCUGAGAUGAGAAAAAUUAUAGGGCGUGUACCGACCAGACACUGAAAAAUCACCAAUAUUUUUUUACAACUACCACUACCACCACCAUUAAUUAACACACUAACACACAACCAUAGGCAGGAUGUUUGGGGUUAGGAUGUUUCAACAAACUGCAUUGCGCAGUGUAUACACUACGCGAUCAUUCUCAUUAAUUUCAAGACCUACCAAUACAAUUAUGACUAAAUCAAUGACUAUUCCUAAUAUUAAUACUAAUACUAUAAUAUCAACACCUACUAGUUUAUUUAGUCUGAUAAUGACAAGUUUAGGACAAUUAAGGUUUAAAUCAAGAGGUAAUACUUAUCAACCCAGUACAUUAAAAAGAAAGAGAACUUUUGGAUUUCUUGCUCGAUUAAGAACUAGAGAGGGGAGAAAGUUAUUGGCUCGUAGAAGAGAAAAGGGGAGAUGGUAUUUGACUCACUGAGUAGUGACAAAACGAAUGAUGCAUACUCCUGUUCUAAUACUGUAUUCAAAAUUAUAAUCCUCAUAUAAUCCUCAUAUAAUCCUCAUUAUAUACUCUGUACAUACAUAUCUCAAUACAUAUAUAACUAUACAUUG